AUGGCUCCACCUCUCAAUCCAAAAGCCCCUGAAUUUUAUCCAAAAAAUCGAGCUCAAGAACUUUCACAAAAACCGAAAUUUCUUUCAUUCACCACUUUCAGUGUUAAGCCGGGAAAGCUCAGUCGACCCAAAUGUCUACCUCCGAGAUUGUUGAAGCAGAAGGUUUGGGUCCCAAAAAACCGAAAUUUUCUGCCAAGAAAACCUCUUCCUCCUCCAAAAGAAGCUGAGCUCAAAUCUCCUCAUUCUCCACAAGAAGAUACUCUCAAAUCUCUGUCUGGUGAUAAAACAUCUGUUAUGAUUCGAAACAUUCCAAACAUGUUUGGACGAAAGGAUCUUCUGAGGAUUUUGAACAUUCAUUGUCGAAGAGAGAACAAAGUUCAACAACAAAUUCCUUCUUCCUAUGACUUUCUCUAUUUACCCAUGGAUUUUGUGAAACACGCGAACUUAGGGUACGCUUUUGUGAAUUUCACGAGCUCAGUCGCAGCUGAGAGAUUCCGGAGAGAAUACGACAAUUUCUUAUGGGUCGGCUUUGGGUACAAGAAGAUUUGCGAAAUCUCUGAAGCCAAGUAUCAGGGGAAAGAAGAGUAUACUCAACAUUUCAAGGACUCUAGGUUUCCUUGCCACACCGACCACUAUCUUCCGGUGAUUCUCUCCCCGCCUAGUGAUGGUUUCACAUGUUACAGCCUCGCGACCCUCGGAUACAGAGUCAGCACACGUGGCGGUGGAACAGGCCGUCGCAUCCAGGUCGCUUGAUCUUUUAGGGUCUCGAAGAAGGAGGAUCCUUG